GAUUUUAUGACUGUGCUGGGUGCGGAAGUGGAGAAACCCUUUCACACACCAGGAACAACAGAGCUUUUUUCCUCCCCUCUCUUUAUUUUAACUAAACGCUAGACACACAAUAUUUCUCCAUCAGGUGUUUAUCGCCCGCCUCCUCCUCUUCUUCGCUUCAUAUUUGAGCAUUUUGCGCCACCUUGCGAGCGAGCCGGCGCACACCUGACACAAAAUGGUGUCUUUAAUUCGCACUCUGCGGCACCACUCGGACGAGGCCAGCUGCUGCGCCUUCUCCCCGUCUCUCCUGGCGACCUGCUCGGGUGAUAAAACCCUCCGGGUCUACAGCACCGCCGACUUCUCGGAGCUCCCGUUCUCCCCUCUGACGGGCCACGGCUACAGGGUCCACUGCUGCUGCUUCAGCUCCUGCGGCAGGUUCCUGCUCAGCUGCUCUACGGAUGGAGCCGUCAUCGUGUGGAGCUCGGAGACGGGCGAGGCGACCGCGACGCUGCAGCACCCGGCCCGCAGUCCGCUCCGAGUCUGCGCACUGGCUCCAGACUCAUCGCUCCUGCUGGCGGGGGCCUCCGACGGCACCGUGGCCCUGUGGGACUUUCCCUCCAAGACACUACGCAGGUGCGGUGCGGUGAGCGAGGCCAGCGUCGUGGCUUGCAGCUUCUCUCCGUGCGGCGGCGUGUUCGCGAGCGGCUGCACCAACGGAGACCUCAAACUCUGGGACGUGAGCUUCAGGCUCCUGCGCGCAGAGAAGGACGCGCACGACCUGGGAGUCACCUGCUGCUGCUUCGCGCCACAGUUCAAAGUCGACGGCUGCUGUGCGGAGUUUCGACUGGCCUCCUGCGGACAGGACAGCCAGCUGAAAAUAUGGAUCGUCUCCCAGCGUGAAGGAGCAGCCUGUGCCAUGAAGCUGCUUCACGCUCUCGCCAGCCAGUCGGCUCCGGUUCUGUCUUGCGCUUUCUCCUCUGACGGCGCCCUGGUCGUCUCAGGCUCGGUGGAUAAAAGCGUUGCGGUAUAUGAUGCGGAGCUGGGGUCCCUGCUCCACACGCUGAAACAACACGACAGGUAUGUCACCGCCGUUGCCAUGUCACCCACCCUUCCCUGGAUCGCAACCGGCUCCAUGGACAGAUCGGUAAACGUGUGGAGAAUAGGAGAUGGAGACAACGGCAGCGCUGCAGCUGAAUCAAAGCGGACGCCGUGCCAAGCGGAUAGGAAGUUGCCGGGUCACUCCAGGCCGCUGCUGCUCGCCGAUUGGUCCGAGGGGGAUGUUCAGGCUUGGCUGCGCGAGGAAGGACUGGAGGAGCUCGUCGGUGCCUUUAAAGCCAACAACAUAGACGGAGCAGAGCUUAUCCAGCUGAACAAGGAAACAACGGCCGAGCUGGGAAUUGAGUCCGUGGGCCUCCGCGGUCGCCUCCUGAGGAAAAUCGAGGCCCUGAAGGCGGAGCAGAGCGGUUCAGAGGUCCCAGAUGAAUUUCUGUGUCCAAUCACCAGAGAGCUGAUGAAGGAUCCAGUCAUUGCUGCAGAUGGGUUCUCCUAUGAGAGGGAGUCUAUCGAGAGCUGGAUCAGAGGCGAGAACAAAACCAGCCCCAUGACCAACCUGCCCCUACAGACAACACUCCUCACCCCCAACAGGUCUCUGAAGAUGGCCAUAGCGCGAUGGAAGUCAAGCCAGUAGAAGGCUUGUUUUCCACAGUCCAACAAAACAGCAACAGGACUACCUAGUCAUCAUCAGACCAAUCAGAAGACCCACCAGUGGCCCCGAGCAAUGAGCUACCUCCAGUGAAGCAGAGAGAGAUUAUUUUAUCAGGAGAGUAGUCCAUCAAAUUUUCCACGUGAACAGACUUCAAGGAUAAAAACUAAAGUGUAGUUUUGACAAAUCAACCGGUCUACAUUCUUAAACUCCUGAGACCUGAGCUUUUGUUUGCUAUGCAUUUUUAAUUUCUACAUUUCCCUGUAAUUGGGAUAAGUAGGAGCUAAGAACUAUAAAAACUAAGCAUCAUCUUUGAACAGGAUGUUUCUGGGGAAAAAACUGAUGUCCUCAUGCGUGGACACAAGGAUUAUUUCACAUGAUAUGAUAAUAUCACCAGUUUGUAAGAAAAUAUGUUAAUUUUUAAAUCUUAAUGUUUCUGUGCAAAAGCAGAAUUGUAAAUAAUGAAGUCCCAAUGUCCUCAAUUGAGUACUUGUUAUAGCUUGUUACUAUUGAUAGAAUUUGUGUCAUAUUUAACUAGAAAAGUUAAUAAUCAUAAAUAAACAAGUUUUAACUGUUAAAUUUGAGGUUUUGUGCCUUGUCCACUGUUGUAGAAUGAAUCUGCUGAAAUGACCACCAUGUUUUUACACCAACUAGUAUCUAGUUAUGAGGAGAUAUAUGGCACACAGACACACACACACACACCUCAUAAUAGCCUGCUAAGCUCAGUAACACAAGCACAAAAACGAAUGGAAUAACAUAUUAUGCAUAGGCCCUAUAAUGGGGAGAUGGCAGAUUUUAGUGUCAAGCACUAAAAAUGACAAAUUUGAUAGUUUUUUCUCAUAAAUGAAGCCCUAAUAUUUUAGAAAGAAUGAUUUUAUUGUGUCAUGGCUGAGAGAUCAAAAAAUGUAGUUAAUAAUGGAAGUUAAUG